UGUAUUCUAUAUAGGCGAUAUGGGAGUGUAUUGAUGCCAUUCAAAUAUGCUGGAUAUCCUAUGCUCUUAAGUGCCAUUACAGUGGACAAGGAUGAUAACAAUUUUCUUUCCUCUGAUCGAGCACAUCUUCUAGUUGCAUCCUCGGAGCUUGUUUGGUUGAUGUGCGAGUCUUCAUCAUUGAAUGGUGAAGAGCUUGUGAGAGAUGGUGGAAUACCUCUUCUUGCAACCCUCCUUUCCCGUUGCAUGUGUGUGGUCCAACCAACAACUCCUGCCACUGAACCGUCCGCUACUAUUGUCGCUAACAUAAUGCGAACCUUUCCAGUUUUGGGUCAGUUUGAAAGUGCGAGAACUGAGAUGCUCGAAUUUUCAGGAUUAGUUGAUGACAUUGUUCAUUGCACUGCACUUGAGCUUGUUCCUGCUGCUAUUGAUGCUGCCCUGCAGACCAUUGCUCACCUUUCUAUCUCCUCUGAAAUUCAAAAUGCCCUUCUGAAGGCUGGUGUACUGUGGUACCUUAUACCAUUGUUGCUCCAAUAUGAUUCGACGGCGGAGGAAUCAGAUAAGACAGAUGCACAUGGUGUUGGAACUAGCGUUCUUAUAGCAAAAAACAUACAUGCUGUAAAAGCAUCUCAUGCCUUGUCAAGGCUUAGUGGUUUGGUUGACGAGGAGAUCCCGACACCCUACAAUCGGGCUGCAGCUGAUGCCCUUAGAGCUUUACUAACCCCUAAACUUGCAAGCAUGCUGAAAAAUAAAUUUGCAAAAGACCUCCUAUUCACAUUAAACUCAAACUUGGAGUCCCCUGAGGUAAAGGCUGCAGAUUUUGCAUUUUGACAAAGAAAAAACAUAUUGGGUGCUACUUGAGCAUUGCCUCAUCUUCUUGCAUCAGUAUCUGCAUAUUUUCUUUGAAUGUUGUGAAACUCAGAGCACUAUAACAGGGCAGGUUUCUUAACAUACCUUUUCUGAUAUGUAGGCAAUACUUGCUUCUUCUUCUUUUAUAAGUACUUUGUUGGUUCUUUUAGAAGUAGAUAACUGAGGGAAAAAAGAGAGGAAAGCAAUAUGUUCUACAUCUUUGUGUUAUUAAAAGUUUUCAAAUUGGCUUUAACUACUUGGUAUGUAGUUGUCAUGAAGAUUCUAUAACUGAUUCAAGUUUCAUUUUUUUUUCUUUUCCCGAUUUACUUGUUUACUAGCA